AUGGACAAUAAAGAUUCUAACAUACCUAAUAAACUUCAAUGCGUUGACGACUGGAGGAUUAGAGAAGAUCUUGCACAGUGGAAGUCUCUUGCGAUAAGCUUAUACCACGAAAACCAAAUGCUCCAUGCUCAUUUGAGAGAUACCUACAUGGAUAUGAUUGAGCAGGAAAAAUCUGAACAUGACGCUAAUCCAAGUUGUAGUAAUCAUAGUGAUGAUCCAAUAAUAAAGAAUGUCCCUAGCCAAGAACCUUUAUCACUUGUCUGGGAGGGUGAAAAACCUAAAUUAGACCCAGAGGUAAGGCGUAAAUGGUGUUCUUAUGUAUAUUUCAAGAGAAUCAGAAGAAUGCGAGAAAUCUCUGACGUCCUUACUCCAGUAGAAGACGACGAAAAAGAUAAAAAACGUAACAGGUAUGAAGAACCAGCUGAAGAAGAAGAAGAAGAAGAAAAACCUUUAAAUCUUAUCAGUAAUGAGAGACCAAUAGAACUGAAGAAAUUAUAUGGAACUCAGGGAUCUCAGAUUGGAGGCGUUGAAGUAGCUUUACAAUUGAAUUACGAACGUUUACGCUCUCAAAUGAAUCCCAGCUAUUGGCCAGAACUACAAUUGAAUUUAGGUUAA